CCUGGGGGAGCGCGGGCACCCGAGAAGCGGUCCUGGGGCGGUGCGGGGGGCGGUGCGGGGGGCGGUGCGGGGGGCGGUGCGGGAGGAGGGCGCGCAGCCGGGGACCCAGCGGUGGAGGCGGGGGCUGCGCUCAGGCCCCGAGCGAGGCGGCCGGGGCGGCCGCACCAUGGACUCGGGCACCGAGGAGUACGAGCUCAACGGCGACCUGCGCCCCGGCUUGCCCGGCUCCCCGGACGCCUCGCCGCCACGCUGGGGCAGGAACCGGCCCAUCAACGUGAACCAUUAUGCCAACAAGAAGAGCGCAGCAGAGAGCAUGCUGGACAUUGCGCUACUGAUGGCCAACGCCUCCCAGCUGAAGGCCGUCAUCGAGCAGGGCCCCGGCUUCGCCUUCUUUGUCCCCCUGGUGGUCCUCAUCUCCAUCUCCCUGGUUCUGCAGAUCGGCGUGGGCGUGCUGCUCAUCUUCCUGGUCAAGUAUGACCUCAACAACCCCGCCAAGCACGCUAAACUGGACUUUCUCAACAACCUGGCCACCGGCCUGGUCUUCAUCAUCGUCGUGGUCAACAUCUUCAUCACUGCCUUUGGCGUGCAGAAGCCCCUGGUGGACAUAGCUCCCCGGCAAUAGGGGUUCAGAUGGCUCCCAGUUGCGUCAGUCAAGCUGCGGCCACCAGAUCCCAUCAUGGGACCCACUCCCUGAAAGAGCUGCGACUCUGGACCAUACCCUGGGGAGGGGAGAGGUGCAGCAGGCCUGCUCCGGCCCCCCCCCCCCCCCCCCCCCCCCCGCAUCCCUCGGACCAUGGGCCACAAGGCCCAGAGGGCAACACUGGAGAGCGGGGACGGGCCUCUGCUGCCACAGACGUGCUGGCCCGAGGGUGGGCUGUCGAAGGGCACGCCAGGGCCGGUGGCAACCUCAAGACUUCUCCAGAGGGACGAGGAGGUACCCUUCCUCUGCCCAGGCAGCAGGGUCCCUGCCUUGUGUGUAGCACCCCUGGGUGCUUCCUACACUGGAUCCCCGGCCCUGCCUGGCCCCUGCUAUGGCUGCUGUUUCAUGCCCGACACCUGGGCUUGGUGGCCAAGAAAAGGUGGCUGCCUGGCUGGCUGUGUGUCUGCCCUCCACCAGCAGGGAUGGGCAGAGCCCCUGUCCUUCCUUAGGGGGCCAGGCCCCCACUUUUCUAAGCAACAAUGACCAAAUAAAAUCAGUGCUAUUCUUUCUGCA